UGUAAAUUUUUUAGACACAGGUUCUCUGGAAAAUAAAUCAAGAAGUGGCUGACCAUUAUUUGUAAAACCGUGCGACUACUGCAAGCUCGAAAGCAUAGUAAAAACAAGUCGUAGGAGUUCCUUGUGUGACAUAACUAACAUGUUUAACAAGGAAAAUGGUGUUCCUGUUUCAAAAAGUACACUUCAGCACCAUUAACAUAAACAUGCAUGGGUAUCACAGGCGUGUUCAUAAGAAGAAAGUGGUUAUUAGGGAAGUAAAUUGUAAAAAAAGACUUGCAUGGUGCAGAGAAAAAAGGUGAUGGACGGUUAAUGGCAACAGGAAAAAGGUAAUUUUCUCGGGUGAGAGUAAAAUUAUGAUUGGACAUGAUCAACGUGUGUAUGUAUGGAGAAAAAGAGAGGAGGGAUGGAGACCAGACCUUGUUCAACAGUGGAUAUCACAAACCAAAUACCAAGUCAUGAUUAUGUGGUGUAUUUGCUGGAACAGUGUUGGUACACUUGCUCCUGUAGAGGGCAAUAUUAAUGCCGUUAAAUAUCAAGAAAUACUUGAUGAACAUUUGUGGCCAGUGAUAGCUUGACGUUUUCUUGGAGCUUAAUAUGAUUGAAUCCGUAUGGCUAUUUAUCAAAAGAAAACUUCAAACACAUACUGGGAUGAUCAAAUCUAAAAACGAUUUGUUCCAAGAAAUUUACCGUAUUUGAGUCCGUAUUACGCCUGCCUAUAUUCAAUAUUAAAUGUAAUCAAGCUAAAAGGACACCUCACAAAGUAUUAAAGAUAAUAACUAUGCGGUUAACAUGCAAUGUAGAUGUGGUGAAUAGGAAUCUUCCAUCAGCUAAUAUGAAAAAAUCAAGUAAAGCUCAGCAUACACAGUUGUCUAUUGGUAAAAAACCAGGUGGGGGAUCAAAAGAGGCUCCAUUAUUUUUGAUGAUGUGUACAGCCAAAGAUCGUAAUGGAACAAAGUUCAAGAUUAAAGAUAAUGUUCAGCAAAUUUUUGGGAAAUUCCUCAUUGAAGGGAAAGCUACGAUUCGCUUUAAAGAACCUGAACAGGAUUUAUGCUUAAGCAAGGCGGAUCCUUUGCAGUUAAAGAAUUUUUUGAACCUCCUGAAAAAAGCUGCCCAGGGCCAGAGUAUAGAUCACAUCACCUUAUCUGUUCUAGCACCAGCAUCAGCAAAAAAUGUGGAGAAGCCCAAAAGUAAAAUGAUUGUUACCUCCAGAAAAGAUUAUCCUUUAACCACUAACUUUCCGUCAUCAUUAAUUAGUCUUCAAGUUUCUAGUUGUAAAUUGAAAAGAAUCGAUUCAAGGAUAUUUGAUUUGAAGAAAUUGCAAGUUUUGAAUUUAAGUGAAAACUGUGUUGAAGAAAUUUCAACAGAUUUUGGAAAGUUUACCACAUUAGGAGAACUAUACUUGAACAACAAUCUUAUCACUAGUGUAAAUCCACGAUUUUGUUUACAAAAGAAUUUGAUUUUGACAUUGAGUAUUCUAGACUUAAGCUACAAUCAGCUUAAACUUCUACCUCUACAAAUAUGUGAGUUGUGUAAUCUGUAUAAUCUCAAGUUGAAUAACAACUUGCUAGAAAGUUUACCUCCGACAAUAGGCAGACUCAGAAAUCUGAAGCUGUUUUCAGCUUCUCAAAACAAAAUUAAACUUUUACCAGCAUCUUUUAUGCAGCUGAAGUUGGAAUAUGUUGAUCUUUUUGGAAAUAAUUUCCCUGAUGAAGUUGAGGAUUCUCUUUUAGAAGACAAUGUUGGAGUUCCAUCACUUGUAGAAGCAUGUGCCAGAUCUGUCAAGAAAUAUAGAGUGCCUUAUACAGAUGAAGAUUUACAUGGACAUUUGUGUAGAUAUUUAGAUUCAGCCAGAUUGUGUUGGUGUGGUGCAUAUUGUUUUGAAUCAAGUGCCAGAUAUAUUCAUAAAGUGUCUUUGAAAGACUUGACCUCUACUUCAACUUCAAUAGGUGAUGCAGGAAGAAAUGAGGUUCCUAUACAGGGAUUUCUCUGUUCACCUCAGUGUUUGAAUAAGUUCAAGAACAAUCCCCGUGCAUAUUGGAAAUAAGAUUGAAACUUACGUUAUUUAUUGAUUUGCAAUUUGAGUUUCCAACAUUUUUGUAAAUGUAUACAUAUACCCAGUAUUUGAAAAACAUUGUUUAUAUACCUGUUUUUCAAAUGUUUAUACAACAUGUACAAGAUUAUAUAUUUGUAUAUUAUAGAUUAUGAAAUUUGGAAGUCCAUAUUGAAUUAAUUGCUUUUUUUGUUGACUUUAAUGAAAUUUAAGUGGACUACAUUCUGCCCCAUGCUUUAAGACAAGUAAGAGAAUUGCCUCUGGAUGCAGAUCCUUGUGAAUGUCAUCAAAUGUUUUCAGGAACUGAUUUACACACACCAACUUAACAAAUACAUGUAUGAUUUAUAGAUGUAUUUUGGAAGUGUAACAAUGUGGCUGAAUAUUCACCUCAUGCCAGUAUAGAAAACCUCUUACCAAUUACAAAAUAUUUAAUUAUUAAGUCUAGUAUACAGCCUACAAUUUUUAUUUCGGACAAAGUUGAAAAAAGCAAGACUAAGACGUGCUGUUUCAGGUGUCUGCAACAGCGGCGUCAACAAAGUAUUUGCUUGUGAUUACCGUAGGUCAAGUUUAUGGGGAACCAGUAGUGGUAGGUCAGUGUUAAUGGU